AUGGUUGGAGGAGUAGAGAAGAUUAAAGAAGGGAAAAGCAGCUACCUGGUCAUUGUCACGGCCCAGCUUACCGAUGUCCUUAUUCAUGAAAUUCUCCAUGGAGCUGAUGGAACCAGUAUCAAGUGUGGCGUUAUCGGAGAAAUUGGUUGCUCCUGGCCUUUGACUGAGAGUGAAAGAAAGGUUCUUCAGGCAACAGCUCAUGCCCAGACCCAGCUUGGUUGUCCCGUUAUUAUCCAUCCUGGACGGAAUCCAAGUGCACCGUUUCAGAUUAUCCGAGUAUUGCAAGAAGCAGGUGGAGACAUCUCCAAAACAGUUAUGUCACACCUUGAUAGGACCCUAAUUAAUAAGAAGGAGCUACUGGAAUUUGCCCAACUUGGCUGUUACUUGGAAUAUGAUCUCUUUGGUACCGAACUCCUUCAUUACCAGUUUAACCCGGACACUGACAUGCCAAAUGAUAACAAAAGAAUUAGAAGGGUGCGUCUCCUGGUGGAUGAGGGCUACGAAGAUCGAAUUCUGAUGGCCCAUGACAUACACACGAAACAUCGGCUGAUGAAAUAUGGAGGUCACGGCUAUGCCCAUAUACUCACCAAUAUCGUACCUAAAAUGUUACUUAGAGGUAUAACUGAGAACGCACUUCAUAAGAUUCUAAUAGAAAACCCUAAGCAAUGGCUAACUUUCAAAUAGGAUGGCGGCUUAUGAGUUCAUACCUUCGACUAUAAAACUUGCAGAGAACACUCAGUGAUUUCGAACUCACUGUGAGAUAUUAAUCAGUUCCCUAGGACAAAUGACUGAUCAUUUCCUUCUUAGGAGAAUAAGAGAGUUUGCCUUCUCCAAAACUGGCUGACUGUUAUCAUGCAUCUGCGUCUCCAGGGAGUUACUGAGCCUAACUGAGCCCUAUUAUUCUGCCUUAACAAAAUAAAUACAGAAGCACCUAUUUCUAAACAAUAAUUUAAU